AUGAAGCCAGAAGAGAAUGAAGAUACUUUCUCCAGCUUUUUGCUGGAGGACAUAAAGCAGAGGCUGCUCCAAGCUUUCCAAGGGCAGACAACAGGGGUAGCAAUUACUCCUGUGUUGUCUAGACCUGUUGAAGAUACAGGCCAUGGAAGAGCUGUGCCCACACAGGACCUGCACUCGAGCUACAUAGAAAAGGGCAUAGCCUGGCUUCGCAUAGAAUUGCUUGAAAUGAAGUUCCAGAACCAGAAACUUGCCAGAACUCUGCUGGAUAUAAGUAUGGAAAUUCAGAGGCUGAGAAACGAAAUUGAUAUAUCAGCAGCUCUAGAAUCAAAAGGUCUAAGCAUCUUUGGAAAUUCAGACUAA